AACGAGCGACAGAAAACCUGGGUUCUCGUGGAUGUCACUGGAUCCAAACCCUUCAAGAGAUCGCAACUUCUAGCUCACAAGAUGAUAAUUAAGGGGGCUGUAGCUAUGGUUACAGGGGGUGCCAGGGGAAUUGGAUAUGCUUUCUGUGAAGAACUGUUGAAGCAAGGCGCAAAAGUGGUUGUUUUGAUUGACGUUAUGAAGAAGGAAGGAACUGAUGCGCAGGCAGCUCUCCAAGCCGAGUAUGGCCCAGGCUCCGCAGUGUUUAUAGAACGUGACGUCACAAAUAAUAAAGAUUUAAAAAGCGCCAUGAAUACUGUCAUUAAGGAAAAUGGAAAGCUUGAUAUUCUGUGCAACAACGCAGGCGUCGUUGAAAAGAMAGACUGGGAGAAAACACUGAAUGUUAAUCUGGGUGGAGUAAUCCGUGGUACAAAGCUGGGACUGGAGCUGAUGUCUUCUGGGGUGAUAAUCAACACUUCUUCUUAUGCAGGAAUAACGCCGUGGGGCCUUGGUCCGGUUUAUUCAGCCACAAAAAGYGGUGUGAUUGGCUUCACUAGAGCAAUUGCCGUAUCACAGGAAGCUGUGGAAAAGGGCAUACGAGUCAAUUGUCUUUGUCCCCAUGGAACAGAUACGCCCAUGCUCAGGAAAGCACUGGAAGAUUUCGCUAUUGUACUUGAGCAACCGUUGAUGAAACCAGAGGUUAUUGCUAAAGCUCUGAUUCAGCUCAUUGCCGAUGACUCCAAGAAUGGCGAGGCUCUGGUUAUACUUGACGAACAGACGUCUGGUUACCACCAGUUUAACAAAUUGGGUGUAUUCAAACCUAACUGAACGCGAACAAACUUAUAAUAUCUACUAUCUAUCCUGGCUGUCAUCAAUUUAGCAGCCUGGUGCAUUCAAACCUAACUGAACGUGAACAAACUUAUAAUAAUAUCUACUAUCUAUCCUGGCUGCCAUCAAUUUAACAGCCUGGUGUAUUUAAACCUAACUGAACGUGAACAAACUUGUAAUAUCUACUCCCGGAGGGGACUCCCUAAUAUCAAAGGGCGGGGGUCCUCGGCGGAAAUUAUGAAAAUGACCCCUAAGAGGG